CUAGCAUUAGCAUCAACCCAAAACACUCCUGCAUGCCUGGGCACCGGUUAUUGAAACGUGGCUGUAACUAAGUUAUUUUUCAUUAUCGUAGUUCUGUAGUAACAGAUGUGCGCGCCAACCUUCUAGAAGUAACGCUGCAAGUUGCUUGCUUUGUCCGACCAACAACCCAAAACCCAAAUACAGUCAGCUUGACAUCAAGCAGAGAGAAACUUGAACCAGAGAAGGCUUGACAUUUUUCUUUGAUAAACUUAACCAUGACAAGUGAUCAGUCAACUCGUUCCUGAUGACUUUAUUUGGAUGAUCUUUAACAAUGCUUACUUCAAAGGUCAUCCCUCGUCUCAGUGUAUUACGUAGAGCAUCUUGUGCACUUCAAGCCCAUGGAGAAAUUUUUAAUGGACGUGUACAUCCAGUUCUUCCUGCAUACUGCUCUUUACUAAAACAGAAACUGAGAAACUAUUCAACAGCGGCAGACAACACUUCUCCUCCUCGAUGGGUCCAACUUGAGCCAGAGCUGGACGAGGCUCUCGUGCCGCGUAAACUGUCAGUAAGUCCUCUGGAGAGCUGGCUCUCUCUGCGCUACUCCCUUCCUCCCCUGCUGGAGUCCGCUCAGCCGCAUGAGGACGCAGGGCUGCUGGAAGAGAAGGUGCUGCCACCCAUCUCUGUCCCUGUUUUGGAGGAUGGAGAGGGUUCAGCAGCACCCCUUAAUUGUAAGAAUGUUCUGGAGAUCCGACGGCGGAAGAUGAACAGGCAUAAAUACAAGAAGCUGCAGAAACGGACAAAAUUUUUGAGGAGGAGGGUGCUGGAGGGCAGGGGGAAAAAGAAGCAGAAACGAUUUGAGGAGGAUCUGAAGAGGAUUUGGACACGAGCUGGACUGAAGAAGGCUCCAGAGGGAUGGAAUGCACCUAAGAUUUUCAUUAAACAGCAUGGAAACAAAAGGGACUGAGAGACACUGACAGUUAUUUGAGUUUGCGUCAAACUCAUCCCUUACACCGGACGACUCUGCACACCACACUUCACACACUGCAGUCAGCCUACUUUCUGUGCUUUGCAGCGUUAUUGAAGAAUGUUUCGGUGGUAAGGACAUGUAUACGGUUAUUUUUAACAAAGUGUACAUAAUCUAAUAAAGAUAUUUCUCUGUCAAGCCCAA